AUGUCGAGCAGUCUACUUCAUGCCACCCCAGAAAGAUAUAUCACUGGUGCCGCGCUCUGUGCAUUUCCCAACGUCUGUUUAAAGCGAGAAGAUUUCCUUUCCACGACUGUGAUCAAACCACCUCGCCCUAACAGCAGUCCCAACCCUCCUAGUUCUGGACUGUCUGAACUUGUUGAAGACGUUGAUGUGAUGUUUUCUCGCACCUCAAAUUGGUCUGCCAGGAAGAAGCUGCUAGAUCUGGAAGAGAUGGUUACUCUGAGUGAAUUGGGACGAUAUUCUCCUCCCUGGCAACAAAGCCCAGACAUUUCCGAGUCCACCUUCGAGCCCGCAGAAGAAGGAGACAACGACGACGAUGAACGUUACGAGGAGACUGUACAGGCACAAUCUUCAAAGUACGAUGUGAAACCACCUGCGAGGCAUUCCACUCGAUUUGAGCCCUGGUCGGCUCCUCCACGUUCCACUCCUCGAUCCGCCUUGAGAAGUCCUGAAAACAAUGUGGAUGAUGUCGAAGAGCCAGGCCCUCCUGAGCACAAUCUUCGAAAGAGGACACUUCAACAAACAAACCCUUACAAGUUCGACAAGCAUCGCCAUCAACUGUCCUGGAAGACCGGCCGCGAAGCCAGCUCAAACAAGGUGGAAACAGCAGUCAGAGAAGAGAUUGGCGUGGUCGAUAAACAAAUGACAACGAAGAAGCCCUGA